AAACCGUCCGUUGUGCGCUUAGGGGGCCAGUUUUCUUUCCAGCCUCCCCGGCCGGAAUGGGUUCCAGCUUUUCUCGGCUGGGUAGGGCAUUUAUCCCACCUCCGCUAUUUCAGCUGCCAGAGGGGAGGCAAGGUGUGGGGAAGUUUUCCUUCCCGGGAGAAAAAGCUCUGCGGAACUGUCAUUUUCCGGAACUUGAUGCUUGCUUCCUGGCGGGGUUCUGAAAGCGAACACCGCGGGGCAAGAUGGUGGUUGUGCGUCGGCUGCUGCCCCAGGUCUGGCAGAACUCGGUUGUUUUGGGCUGAGACAGUGGCAGCUGCGGCCCCGACCCCGAGUGCGGGGACCUCCAGCGAAUAAAGGUCGGCCUGCGGGUAGCGAGUGACAACUGGGUCGUCAGUUCUCCGAGUGGUGGGGCUGGGGACUUUGAGUGAGGUGGCUCUAGGGCACAGUCCCUGCCUGGCCAGGUCGGAGGAACAAGUGCUGGGAUCUGGCUUGUGUGCUCCAGGGGCUCUCUCCGCGGCCCUUUCCAUCUCUUUUCACUUUUGGGACGGUAGGCCUUUAUAAACGGACUAACGCUGGGUGAUUUGUUCCUGUGGUUGUUGAUGCCGAGGAAAGACGCCGGGCCCCAGGACUCACCUAAACUGGAGUUCGAAUACUGUUCGCUUGCUGUGUGACCUUGGAAAAAAUAACAAGCUUUUCUGAAGUGAGAAGCUGUUCUCAGCCACGAGUCCUGUGCAAGAUCACUAAUGAUUACCUGGCAUUUCUGCGACACAGGCAGGUCCUCAGGGUUUGUGCAAGUUUGCAAACAUGUUCACCCUGUCUCAGACCUCGAGAGCAUGGUUCAUCGAUAGAGCCCGUCAGGCACGAGAAGAAAGGCUUGUGCAGAAGGAGCGGGAGCGGGCAGCUGUCGUGAUCCAGGCCCAUGUCCGGAGUUUUCUCUGUCGGAGUCGACUGCAGAGAGAUAUCAGGAGAGAGAUUGAUGACUUUUUUAAAGCACAUGACCCUGAGUCCACUAAAAGAAGUGCACUUUGUAUUUUUAAGAUUGCCAGGAAACUGCUGUUCUUAUUCAGAAUCAAAGAGGAUAAUGAGAGAUUUGAGAAGUUGUGUCGCAGCAUCCUGAGCAGCAUGGAUGCUGAGAAUGAGCCUAAGGUGUGGUAUGUGUCCCUGGCUUGUUCUAAGGACCUCACCCUCCUUUGGAUUAAACAGAUCAAGAACAUUCUGUGGUACUGCUGUGAUUUUCUCAAGCAGCUCAAGCCUGAAAUCCUGCAGGACUCCCGACUCAUCACCCUGUACCUCACGAUGCUUGUCACCUUCACGGACACUUCAACGUGGAAAAUUCUUCGGGGAAAAGGUGAAAGUCUUCGACCAGCGAUGAACCACGUUUGUGCAAAUAUAAUGGGACAUCUCAACCAGCAUGGAUUUUAUUCUGUGCUGCAGAUACUGUUAACCCGUGGCCUGGCAAGACCCCGUCCUUGUCUAUCCAAAGGCACUUUAACAGCAGCCUUUUCUCUAGCGUUACGCCCUGUGAUUGCUGCACAGUUCUCAGACAAUCUGAUUCGGCCAUUCCUCAUCCACAUCAUGUCUGUGCCUGCUCUGGUGACUCAUCUCAGCACAGUGACCCCUGAGCGCCUCACUGUUUUAGAAUCCCAUGACAUGCUUCGUAAAUUCAUCAUAUUUUUAAGAGACGAAGAUCGAUGCCGUGAUGUAUGUGAAAGUUUAGAAGGAUGCCAUACGCUUUGUCUAAUGGGCAACCUCCUACACUUGGGCUCCCUCAGCCCCAGAGUGUUAGAGGAGGAGACAGAUGGGUUCGUGAGUUUGCUCACCCAGAUGCUGUGCUACUGUCAGAAGUAUGUGUCCCAGAAGAAGUCCAACCUGACCCACUGGCAUCCUGUCCUUGGCUGGUUCUCCCAAUCUGUGGAUUAUGGCCUUAACGAGUCAAUGCACUUGAUCACCAAACAGCUGCAGUUCCUGUGGGGAGUGCCUCUGAUCCGGAUCUUCUUCUAUGAUAUCCUGAGCAAGAAGCUGCUGGAGAGCCAGGAGCCAGCCCACGCACAGCCAGCAUCCCCUCAGAAUGUGCUCCCAGUGAAGAGUCUCCUAAAGCGUGCUUUUCAAAAGUCGGCAUCAGUCCGGAAUAUUCUCAGGCCUGUUGGGGGUAAACGGGUCGACUCUGCAGAAGUCCAGAAGGUUUGCAACAUCUGUGUCCUCUACCAGACCGCGCUGACAACUCUCACACAGAUUCGGCUGCAGAUACUCACAGGUCUCACUUACCUUGAUGACCUGCUGCCCAAACUGUGGGCAUUUAUCUGUGAGCUCGGGCCCCACGGAGGGUUAAAGCUCUUCUUGGAAUGCCUGAACAAUGACACUGAAGAGUCCAAGCAACUCCUGGCCAUGCUGAUGCUGUUCUGUGACUGUUCGCGGCACCUCAUCACAAUCCUUGAUGACAUUGAAGUUUAUGAAGAACAGAUUUCAUUCAAACUGGAAGAGCUGGUCACCAUCUCCUCUUUCCUGAAUUGCUUUGUAUUUAAGAUGAUCUGGGAUGGAAUUGUAGAGAACGCCAAGGGCGAGACCUUGGAGCUGUUCCAGUCUGUCCACGGGUGGCUGAUGGUGCUGUAUGAGCGGGACUGCCGGCGGCGCUUCACCCCCGAGGACCACUGGCUGCGAAAGGAUCUCAAACCUAGUGUGCUCUUCCAAGAACUCGACAGGGACAGAAAACGGGCACAGUUGAUCCUGCAGUACAUCCCACAUGUCAUCCCUCACAAAAACAGAGUUCUCCUGUUUCGAACCAUGGUUACCAAGGAGAAGGAGAAACUGGGGCUGGUGGAAACCAGCUCUGCCUCCCCGCACGUCACUCACAUCACCAUCCGCCGGUCCAGGAUGCUGGAGGACGGCUACGAGCAGCUUAGGCAGCUCUCCCAGCAUGCCAUGAAGGGGGUCAUCCGUGUGAAGUUUGUCAAUGACCUUGGGGUGGACGAAGCAGGGAUUGAUCAAGACGGUGUAUUUAAGGAGUUCUUGGAAGAGAUCAUCAAGAGAGUGUUUGACCCAGCACUCAAUCUGUUCAAGACAACCAGUGGGGAUGAGAGGCUGUACCCCUCACCCACAUCCUACAUCCAUGAGAAUUACCUGCAGCUCUUCGAGUUUGUGGGGAAGAUGCUGGGGAAGGCUGUGUAUGAGGGAAUUGUGGUGGACGUGCCAUUCGCAUCCUUCUUCCUGAGCCAACUGCUUGGGCACCACCACAGCGUCUUCUAUAGCUCGGUGGAUGAACUGCCUUCUCUGGACUCUGAGUUCUAUAAAAACCUCACCUCCAUCAAGCGCUAUGACGGGGACAUCGCUGACCUGGGCCUGACGCUGUCUUACGACGAGGACGUCAUGGGUCAGCUUGUUUGCCAUGAACUGAUUCCUGGAGGGAAGACCAUUCCUGUUACAAAUGAAAAUAAAAUUAGCUACAUCCAUCUGAUGGCACAUUUUCGAAUGCACACUCAAAUAAAAAACCAGACAGCUGCCCUCAUUAGCGGAUUCCGUUCCAUUAUCAAACCCGAGUGGAUCCGAAUGUUCUCAACUCCUGAACUGCAGCGUCUCAUCUCUGGCGACAAUGCUGAGAUUGAUCUGGAAGAUUUAAAGAAGCACACAGUCUACUAUGGUGGUUUCCAUGGAAGUCACAGAGUCAUCAUCUGGCUCUGGGAUAUUCUGGCCUCCGACUUCACACCGGAUGAGAGAGCUAUGUUUCUGAAGUUCGUGACCAGCUGCUCCAGACCCCCGCUCCUGGGAUUCGCCUACCUCAAGCCUCCCUUCUCCAUCCGCUGCGUGGAGGUGUCGGACGAUCAGGUACCCCCACAGGGUGGGUGGGGAAGAGCCAGCCUUGGGCAGUGUUCCUUGACUUCCCUCUUGGUGGUUGUCUGCUGUGCCCACUGUGUAGGGCCCUUACCUAGUCCACGUAUCAGCAAGGCGAGCAGCUGGACCCCUCAGAGCCAAGUGAGGACGGCCCCACAGUUCUCACGGCAGGAGACCCAGCCAGCCCCAGAGAGACUGCCCACGGACUCAGCCCUCUCUUGGCAGCCUCUUUCUCUUUCCUUCCUGAGGGAAGGGUACCCGGAGUGGGGGUGGGUACAUGCUGUUUUUAGUGGCAUCUGGCCUCACCAGGGCUCCAGAUCUGAGGCAGCAUGGGAGAAGGUGAGAGAGUGGGCUCAGGAGGCAGACAGGCGCAGACUCGAAUGCUACUCCUACCCCAGCAGGCUGUGCACGUCCAGGCUCGCUGCUUCAUUUCCUCACUGGCCAAAGGAGAAGGAAUGCCUUCAGGGUUACGGAGCUCUGUGUGUCCCAAGCCUGGCCCACUGUGGGUGCUCAAAUGAGCGUCCUACUCCCCAUAAAAACCCAGUGGCCACCUGUGGGUGUAGCUGCCUCUCAUGAUGCAGUUUGAGCCCCUGAUGCCACCUUGUACAGGGAGCUACACAGUCCUCGGCCUCCAUGCUUAAGGGAAAGUUGGCCCAAGUCAUGGUCUGCCACCGGCCACAGCACCGGUGAGGAGGGAGGAGCGCAUUCAGAAAUGUUUGGGCACCUAACAGAGUUUUUACAGCAUUCUACUUUUUGACGAUUAACCAGUAAUGCGCUGUGAACCGGAAGGCCCGAUUUCCAAAAGCUUACUUAGUGCAGGAAUUCUCUGUGCAAGCCCCAGGGAGAAGGGGUUCCUUCUCUGAAAGCCAGUCAUCUUGUGUCUGGGGCUUGACCUCAGGUAGUGGUGCCAGGGCAGUGCCCUGCACUCUGCCCAGCAUCCAGGGCCUGGCCAGACCCCCUCCCUGGGCUCCCUGGCUUUGGCAUCUGCCUGGGCUCCCAAACUAGGCCCUUCCCAAUCCAAGGCCAUGAUGUGUGCCUUCAGGACACUGGGGACACUCUGGGCAGCGUCCUCCGGGGCUUCUUCACCAUCCGCAAGCGGGAGCCAGGCGGCCGCCUGCCCACCUCCUCCACCUGCUUCAACCUGCUCAAGCUGCCCAACUACAGCAAGAAAAGCGUCCUCCGCGAGAAGCUGCGCUAUGCCAUCAGCAUGAACACGGGCUUCGAACUCUCCUAGCUCCUGUUCCGGCCCUGCCUCCAGGGCUCCUGGGCUGCCAGGGACCUUCAGCUCCCAGAGGCAGUGUGGUCCCUGGGAAUGUGACCAACAUGCCAGGUGACGUUGGCCCCUAGACCCUCUCUAUAGCCAUGAGACUCCUUGUGGCCUCAAGAACUUUAGACGCCCACGACAGCACUACACAGCACCUCCAGGUGAUGCCCAAGGCACAGGGCUGCAGAAAAUAAACCUCCAGAUUCCACCAACACCGGUCCAUUCUUCCUGGUGAUGGCAGAGGGGCUUCUUUUAGCUAGUUUGAUCUUUUGGGAGUCUGUCUUUCCUUAGCCCUCUGAGUGAGCUGUGUAUGAACAAGUCCCAGGAAUUGCAAGAGUCUAGAGUGGUUUUUGCAGCAUGGGUCUGAGUGUACAAAGCCUACUGUGCGUGAGAUCCUCUCCUUCCGUUUCUGAAAUCUCUUACUCAGGUAAGGCCUCGCCAAGCCUCUAUGCACCCCACAAAGUUUCUGCCUCCAUGCCGUCCACAGCGCCUCUUCCCAGACAGCCAGGCCCAUCUGCUGCCCAGGGAAGCGCAGGCGCCUGCUAGGGACGCUAUGGAGCACCGUGAGUCCAAGGCGCUGCUCCUGCCUUGAAGCCACACGCUCCAUGCCGCGGCCCUCCCGCUUCCUGCGUCCUCAGCGGGCUGAGCUGCCAGGGAGCCUUCCCAGACCUGUUCCCGUCCUAUGCAUUCACAUUGGCAUCCUGGUUUGGGAGAAGAAAAACAUUGGCCCUUAGCAGCAGCCCCGUUUCCGGAACGUGCUGGCUGUUACCCAAAGCCUGCUUGUCCCGCGGAGGACAGCUGCCUUUGACCCUGCUUAUUUGCCUCACUGGUUAUCUAAUGAGGAACAAACACUAACCUACGGUACACAUCCCGUCUGGGCGGUGGCUUCACUCCAGAGGCUGCAAAAUCCCAGGAAACUUGGGUCUUGCUGCCCAUCCUUCCUCAGCACAGGGAACCUGGAAGCCCGUUGCACUGACAGAGGCUCACACCCUCUGGGUUGUUUUUUUUGUUUGUUUGUUUUUAACUUCAUUUCUCUUCCAACCCAUUGUGUUCCUCUGCCCUGAUUCUUUACCUUUGUUGUAAGAUCUUUAGCUCCAGGGAACUGAGGCAGAGGCCCUGUUUGUGGUCUGUGUUGACAGCCACCCACCCUCUCCCACCGCAUGCUCCUGCACCUCCACCACCAAGAUUGAUGCCAGAUUCGAAGCCAGGAAGGCCCAGUCCCUCCUCUGCUCUCCUCAAAACGCAAAACGUUUUCCAACAAGAGCUGUCACGGUGGCAGCAAAGCAGGGGCCACCCGUCUCCACAGUCCUUCAGAGUUUCAGCUGCAUCCUGGUGUCCCACCCAGGUCAAGCCCCCAGGCUUCUGGAAAACAGUGUAUGCUCUACUUUGAUGGAAACAUGGCAAGGAAUUUAAAGACAGUAAUGUAUUAAUAUUAUUGAAGGUGUGUUCGUAACCUCUGAUUCUGUGGACUUGCCACUUUCUCCAAACGCUCGGUUCCUUUGAAGAUUUCUUCUGAACCUGCGUGCGCACGCUGGGCGGGUUUGUGCAUACAUGCGGGGACCCCAGACUGUCAGCACAGGGAAGAUGGAUCCCAUCCUGAUUUUUAUCACCUGAAGGUUGGAGCCAGUGAGGGACUGGGAGAGAGUGAUUUAUAAGCACCAAUAUCAACUCCAUGUGGAUUUUUGACAAAGAGGGGUAGUUUGUAAUUUCAUUUAAAUUCUUUUCAGCAGCUGGAAAUAUUGCACUAUCUGAAACACUGAAUCUCCUUUUGUAACUGGUGUUCACUGACACCUUGAUGGCUCUUGAUGGCUCUAAAAAGUUGUAGGAUUUUUUGUUUUUGUAGCUAACUUAUGGAUUGAGAUGUGAUCAAAGGCUUUAUUAAAUUUGUACUUCAGCAUA